CCAGCCUGUGCUCUGCCCCUCCUAGCGGACGCCAAGAUCCGCGGCACCCUGCUCUUGGCGGCCUUCUUUAUUGCAUUUCCGUACCACACAGUCUCCCCACCAAGUCCACCCACUGCCGCCGUUGGUGCCAAGGCUGCACCACGACACGACCGGCUCAUCGAUGCAUUCCAGAGUUCAGACUACAUGUUGGACCGACUGCCCAGCAUAUCGACCCAGACCUGCUUCACUCCCCUCACACCGAACACCAAAGCGGAAUUGCAAACACUGUCGGAAAUCCUCGCCACGAUUAUCACCAGUCGUUGUGAUUCCGGCGCUUGUCACCUCAGUGGUAAACAGAUAUAG